AUGAGUGAUUCUAAGUUCAUGUCAAGUGAUAAUGACAUAUUUGAUUUUAAAGAUAACUUUAUUAAAGAUAUUCCUAGUGAUAGUAAUUACGAUGAUGAUGAUAGCUCAUUAACAGGACUUUGGUAUUCGUAA